AUGACCUUUUCUGAAAAUUUCCCCAAUGAUUUUUCUCAUGAUAGACUCAUACCCAAGAGCUACCAGCAGUUCCUGGCUGUGGUAUAUGCAAUCAGAGAGGUCAACAAGGAUCUAGUUCUCCUCCCCAAUAUCACCCUCGGCUUCCAAAUUUCCGACAAUCACAAGAUUGAGAGAAGUAUUUCAAUAAUCAGCCUCUCACUGCUCUCCACACGAGGACGAAUGAUUCCAGGUUAUAAAUGUGACAGGCAUGAUACUCUGUUCUCUGUAAUUGGAGGCUUCAUCCCCAAAUCUUCAAGGCAGAUGGCCUCCAUCUUCAACAUCUACAAAGUCCCACAGCUUGGUGUUGGCUUUGAGUUCUCUCAGGGAGAGAGAUCAGCUCAUCCUUCCUUCUUCCGGAUUAAUCCCAAGGAAUCCCCUCAGUAUGUGGGUUUAGUUCAACUUCUUCUCUACUUCCAGUGGAACUGGGUUGGGCUUGUGACCCCUAAAAGUGACAGCGGGGAACAUUUCAUCUCAUCUCUAAUGCCAAUGCUCAGGGAGAAGGAGAUCUGUGUGGCCUUCACUGAAAUAUUGAAACCGGAUAAUUUUCCCGAUACAUGGAAUACAUUUCAUCUUUUUUUAAAAAACUGUUGUCAAACUGAAGUGAUUGUUCUCUUUGGAGACCCUCAUACUAAUGCAAAUGUACAGUCCGCUCUGCAUUUUUAUGUAACGUCCACAAAGUCAGUGCCUCAGAAAGUUUGGAUCCUAACUUCCCAAUGGAAACACAAUGUGGUGGCAGCUAAAGAUGCAUUGCCGGUUAUAAAGCCCUUCCAUGGGUCUUUGCAGUUAAGGGACCACACAGGGGAUAUCUCAGAAUUUAGAGAUUUUCUUCUAUCUUUAGACCCUUUUAACCCAGAAGGGGACAAUUUUCUCCCACAGUGGUGGGAAAAGGUCUUUGACUGCAAGAUCCAGAAACCAGGAAGGAUCAUUCCAAAGAAGAAAUGUACAGGAAAGGAGAAUGUACAAAAUGUGCCCACUCACAUUUUUGAAAUCAGCAUGACAAGUGCAAGUUACAACAUCUACAAUGCCAUUUUUGCUCUGGCACAUGCGUUGCAUGCAAUGUAUGGAUCAGGAGUGAGACAAGCCCUGAUGAGGCUUGGAAAGGUGAUCUCAAAUGUCUAUUCAUGGCAGAUCCUUGCUUAUUUGAGGAAUAUCCACUUCAACAACAGUGCUGGAGAGAAGAUCUCCUUCUCAGAAAACGGACUUGGAUCUUCUCAAUAUGAUAUUCUCAACUGGGUUUUCCUCCCCAAUCAAUCGUUUGUCGCUGUGAAAGUUGGGCAAGUAGAUGCUGGGGCUCUCCCAGGCCAAGAGUUCAUCAUUAACUCUGAUGCUAUCAUCUGGGUCACAAAGAAGGUGCCCUUUGCCAGAUGUGGCAAGAAGAGGUGUCAGGCAGGAGAGAUGAGAAGAGUUCCAGAAGGUCAGCAGGUUUGCUGCUACCAAUGUGCCCCUUGUCCAGAAGGGACCAUUUCUGAUCAGAUAGAUGCUGCUCACUGUGACCUCUGCCCAGAAGACCAAUACCCCAAUGAACACAAGAACCACUGCAUUGCCAAGAGGAUCCACUUCCUCGCCUAUCGAGAGACCCUGGGAUACACUUUACUAUGUCUUGUUCCUUUUCUCUCUAUGAUCACAUUGGGAGUCCUGGUGAUUUUCCUUAUACAUCACGAAACACCGAUUGUCAAGGCCAACAACCGAGAUCUCACCUAUAUCCUCCUGGUCUCCCUCCUGCUCUGCUUCCUCUGCUCCUUCCUCUUCAUUGGUCGACCCAGGAAGGUCACCUGUCUCUUCCAACAAACUUCAUUUGCCAUCCUCUUUUCCCUUGCAGUUUCCUCUGUCUUGGCAAAAACUGUCAUGGUGGUUCUGGCAUUUAUGGCCACAAAGCCUGGGAAUAAGACAAGGAAACUCUUGGGAAAACCACUGACCAAUUCCAUUGUCAUAGCCUGUCCCCUGAUCCAAGCCCUUCUUUGUGCCACCUGGCUGGCAAUUUCUCCUCCAUUUCCUAACAUGGACUUCCACUCCUUAGUAGGAGAGAUCAUCUUGGAAUGUAAUGAAGGCUCAGCUUCCAUGUUUUAUGCUGUCCUCACCUAUCUGGCUUUCCUGGCCUUCAUCAGUUUCACAGUGGCUUUUCUGGCUAGGAAAUUGCCCGACAGCUUUAAUGAAGCCAAGUUCAUUACUUUUAGCAUGCUGGUCUUUUGCAGUGUUUGGAUCACAUUCCUUCCCACCUAUCUGAGCACCAAAGGGAAAUCCAUGGUGGCUGUGGAGAUUUUCUCCAACUUGGCCUCUGGAACUGCUCUCCUGGUUUGUAUCUUUUUUCCCAAAUGCUACAUUAUCUUACUGAGACCACAUCUGAAUUUUGUCCAGAGAUACCAUAGGAUU